CGCACACCCAUCACAAACUAGGAAAGCAUUAAAAGACAAGUAGGACAGAACGCUUCAUCAUGCAGUGCCCACAAUCUCCAGGACGUAUUCUGUCAGAGGAGCAGUUCUCCUGUUCCAUCUGUCUAGAGGUAUUCAUGGAGCCUGUCUCCACUCCAUGUGGUCACACCUUCUGUAAGGCAUGUCUGCAGGGCUUCUGGAACCAAAGCAAGAAGUUCCUUUGCCCCAUGUGCAAUAAAACAUUCUCCAGAAAACCAGAGCUCAGCAUCAACUGUGUGCUAGCCGAGAUCGCUGAACAGUUCCAGGGUCUGACAACUCUGUCUUUGGCUGGAGCUGAUACGAUCAACACUGGGUUUGCAAACUCACCGGGGGCACUUCAGGAAGACAAUUUGGGAGAAUUUGCUAAAGCAGGAGACAUCCCUUGUGACGCCUGCAUUGGGAGAAAGAUGAAGGCCAUGAAGUCGUGUCUGAACUGCCCAGGUUCUUUCUGUGUAGCCCAUCUGAGGCACCAUAAGAAGGGGAAGACAACGAGCUUGCACAAGCUGGUGGAUCCCAUACCCAACCUGGAGGACAAGAUGUGCAAGAAACACAGACGCCUCCUGGACGCCUACUGCCGAAAUGAACACGUGUGCGUGUGCAAGGAGUGUGCGAAGACAACACAUAAAAAACACAAUGUUGUCUCAACCGAGCAAGAGUGGAAGAAGAUAUCGGGUCAGCUGGACAAGAAAAGGUCAGAACUGAAACAUCUGGUCAAGGAGCACGCCAAGAAACUUGAGGAGAUCAAACAGUCCAUCAAAGUCAUUAAAGAGAACAGUCAGAAACAGAUGGAGGAAAGCUGGGCAGUGUAUGCAGAGCUGCAGAAGUUGUUGGAGCAGUCGCAGGCGGAGCUGCUGGAGCUCAUUGCAGCGAAACAGAAAAGGGCGGAGCAGCAUGCCAGAGAACUCGUCAGCAACAUGGAGCAAGAGCUUAACACACUGAGCAAGAGAAGCAGCGAGCUCGACACACUGGCUCAGAAACAGGACAAAGUGCUGUUCUUACAGUUUCUUCCGACUCUUCCUCCUGUGCUGGAACCGUCUGAUUGGUCAGCAGUGUCUGUGAACACAGAUCUGUAUGUUAGCACCAUCAGGAAGUCUGUUUGCUCUCUGAUGGACAAAUUCCAACACGAGGUCAAGCGGCUUUAUGGGAAAGAACUCAGAAAGAUGCAGAACUAUUCCAGUGAGGUGAUCUUGGAUCCUGCAACAGUGCAUCGUGAUCUGUGUCUUUCUGAUGAUGGACGGCAGGUGCGCUAUGAGUUGCAGCGCAAGAGCUCAACGAAUUCAGACACACCACGGCGCUUCAGCCCUGCCCUGUUCGUCUUGGCUCGUGAGGGCCUCUCCUCCGGCAGACACUAUUGGGAGGUGGACGUGGGACACAAGACUGCCUGGACCCUGGGAGUGGCCCGAGGCUCAGUUCAACGCAAAGGAGAGGUCUGCCUUAGUCCAGAGGGUGGUUUCUGGUGUUUGUGCCAGAAGAACGGAGAAGUGAAAGCCCUUACCGGCAACAGGUUUCCUCUGCAUCUUGCAGCAAUGCCCCAGAAGGUGGGUAUCUACCUGGACUAUGAAGCUGGCCAGGUGUCCUUCUAUGAUGUGAAAGGGCAUUCUCAUCUCUACACCUUCACUGAUGCUUUUACUGAGAGUAUCUACCCCAUCUUCAGCCCCUGCAUCAACCAGGAUGGGAAGAACCCUGGAGCUCUGAUCAUCACCGCUGUCAAACACAGCUGAGACUGAAAAACCACUCAUCGAUAUUUCCUCAGGGUUUCUGGGGUAUCUCUAUUGUUUUCUGGAUCGUUAGAAGAAUGUUGCGUUACAAACACUUUAGUUACAAGACUUUCCCUAAUGGAUUUUGGACAAAUUUAACAAGCCUGAUUUCGUGACAAUUGCAUGACUGUGGUGACAUUUUGCUAAAUGAAAUUACGUGGUUCAAUACAUGUAUUGGGGCAAUGUCGACUGUGUGAUGCUAAAAGCAAGUGACAUUUUCUACUAAACAGAUGAGGUUGCUAGAGCAGCCACAUCAUUGUGUGGUGCUUCUACAACAUCUUCGGCUCACGUGUUGACUCUCGUGCUCUUCAGGACUCGUACCAGUCGUUGCAAUGCUCUUCAGUUGAGCAACCAUGCAAUUUGAUCACAUUUGAACAAGCUUGUAAAUGUAGUUGAACUGAUAAUAUGCUAUGAUUUGUGUGAAAGUGAAUAAAAGUCAUUGUUGUU